UGAUAGUGCAAAGGUAUUCCAAGAAAUCGUGAGCAGAUUCUCGAAAGUAUUUCGUGGACCGCAUAUUGAUGAUAAGGGGUAUUAUUUUCUUGAUGUUGGGUGAGUGUUUCGUGUUCUUGCCAGUGAUAUAUGUGUAUUUUUUUCUGACUACCGUGACAUAUUGUCGUAGAUGUCGUCCAGGCGGAUUCGCUUCUUUUAUUUUGCAAAACAACGCUUUCGCUAUAGGGGUGGGGAUAUCACCGCUUCCGCGGGAGUCGGUGUCCGCUCCAGAGACCGUUAAACUUGAAGAUGGAGUGUUGGAACGUGAACGUGAACGUGCACAAGAAGAGUACUACGCACGCCAUCAAAAACAUUAUGCUCCUUUCACUCGGUCGUCAAACUCGAGAUUCAAGCUAUACUUUCUUGAUAUUGCCAAGAUAGACCUGCGUCGUCCGGGUGAAAAGAAUCGUCGGGGGCUCUUUAAUACUACUUCCGAGUUGACUAGCUGGUCUGGGUUUGGUAACGAGGAAUCUAUUCAAGGAGGUUUAGGUCAUGGGGCGAGUGAAGUUACCACUGCUGCUGAUAUCCCGUCAGAGUUGUUGGAUUUGAAGAGGCCACCGCAGGAGUUGUUGUUUGGGUUCAAACAGGGUCCGGAGUCAAACAGGCAUACAAUGGCAGGAGCGUCGUCGAGGAAGUUUAAUCUUGUUAUAUUGGAUGAUCACACCUCUCCAUCAUCCUCAUUAACUAGUGACCUCCACUCCAUUGCCCAACUCCUCCUCGGGUUCCAAUCCCUCACUCAAUCUCAAUCCGGUGGUGGAACUCUCGUCGUCCGUCUCAGACACCCCGAGAGCGUGAUCACCGCUAAAAUCCUGUAUAUGCUUGACACGCUUUCCUCUACCGUCGCUGUCGUGAAACCGCGGGGAAUGCUCGGCGACGCGGAGGAUCCAGGGUGUUUCUAUGCUAUAGCGCAGAAUGUUGGAGGAGGCCCGCAUGGACAUAAGGUUGGAGAGGUGGUGGAGGAGUUGAGGAAGCUUUGGUGGAAGUUGGUUAUGAGGGUUGUGCGGUGGAAAGGUUUGGUGGGGUCGGUUGGAUCUAAUGUGAAAGUUGAAGCCGAUGCGAUGAGGGAUAUAUGUGGAUUGAGAGAAGAAGAUUUUGAUUUUAUCAUCUAUACUGACGAGCUGAAGGGAUCGAAGAGUGAUUAUUUGGUACGUUUGGUGGCUCUUGGGGAAAUGGUUUGGACAAGACAGCUUGAGAUGAUAUUGAUGGUUGGGGAUAAUCGCAAGUAAAAGUUUCACCGUUGAAACUAAUAUUGUACA